GAAUCCGUAAGCCUUCUCCUCACUUCGCUCUUCUGCCCGUUCACGCCUUUCUCCUCCCCUUCCUCUCUGUUUUUUCCCCUUUUCUCCGUUUUUUCCCCUUUUCUCCGUUGCUGCCCCUCAAAUUGCAGGAGGGGUUGCGAUCCAGUUCUCCGGAACCCUACAACUCCCCCGUGCCCUCCUCAACUCCCUAGUUCUUCCGUCUCGAUCCGAUUCCGAACGACGGGCCUGCGCGCCGCCUUCAAUUUCGUCGGAUUCGCCUCUCGAAGGAUCGAUCUAGGGUUUCGUCUCCGAUCGAUUUGGGGUAACUGAGACCCGGAAGGUCCCCCUCGUACGUUGCGAUCUGCUUCCGAUUCGUAGGGGUUUGUUUCCGGUACCACGCUACCUCCUCCUGCAGCCAUAUUUUGGUUUGUCGGUGCCAUCCACUCAAGUGAAGGGGCUUUAGCUUGGAGAAGCUUUUUUCCGUGCAGCGUCAAGUGGAGAUUGCGUCUUCCAAGCGGCGAUCUAGGGCUCUUUUAUCAUCUUCUGCGGAUAGCUGACUCUGCUGCGUCCACCGUUCAGCCCGUACAAGAAGGCGGUCUUUUGUACUAUUUUCACUUGGCGUUCGAGAUAUUCAUCCAAGACAGACCCCUCCUGCCCUCCCUAAGGGAGUCAUUAGAAAGGAGAUAAAUAUACUGUAUACAAAUCUAUGAUUUAUGUUGUUCUAGUUUAAACUCAGGCCUACUUAAAUCUGGCCUAAAUCAGUUUGCGGCUCAUUUUUACUGCAAGAGUUUUGUUAUUUUGUGGUUGAUUUUUCUUGAUAUUGGACCAGAGAGAAAAAUAGAGAAAAAAAAAGUAAUGGCUGUGUAUUAUAAGUUUAAAAGUGCGAAAGAUUAUGACUCAAUUCCCAUCGAGGGCCAAUUUAUAUCUGUUGCCAAUUUGAAAGAAAGAAUUUUUGAAAUGAAGUUAUUUGGAAAGGGCAUUGAUUUCGACCUCAUGAUCUCUAAUGCACAGACUGAUGAAGAAUACGUAGACGAAGGAGCGAUGAUACCCAAAAGCACAUCCGUUUUGGUUCGUCGAGUUCCAGGACGACCUCGGAAGCCUAUUGUUACUCAAAGAGACAAGCCUAACGUUGUAGAGGAUAAGAUAGAAGAGCUUCCACCAUCCAGCAGCAUGUUGGCUGGGGAUUCGGCUACUAACAGAUAUCAUGAAGAAUAUGAAUGGGAUGAGUUUGGAAAUGAUCUGUAUGCUAUUCCAGAACAAAACCACUCACAAAUCAGUAUUCCUGUCGUCGAAGUUCCUACUGCAAACAAUGUUGAUGAGGAAAGCAAGAUUAAAGCUUUAAUUGAUACGCCUGCCCUUGACUGGAAUCAUUCAACUCAAGAGUCAUAUGGUUCUGGAAGAGGUCAUGGAAGAGGCUUUGGUGGCAGGGGAAUGGGUGGUUGCGGUUUUGGACGUGGUAUGCUUGAACGGAAGACACCUCCACCUGGGUAUGUCUGUCAUAGAUGCAAAGUGCCAGGCCAUUUUAUUCAGCAUUGCCCCACAAAUGGAGACCCUAACUACGAUAUCAAGAGGGUGAAACCUCCAACAGGGAUUCCAAAAUCAAUGUUAAUGGCUACUCCUGAUGGAUCCUAUUCUUUGCCAAGUGGUGCAGUUGCUGUUCUAAAGCCAAAUGAAGCUGCAUUUGAGAAAGAGAUUGAGGGUUUACCGACUACUCGUCCUAUUGGUGAUCUUCCUCCUGAAUUGCGGUGCCAAUUAUGUAAAGAGGUAAUGAAAGAUGCAGUGCUAACUAGCAAAUGCUGUUUCAGGAGUUUCUGUGAUAAAUGCAUCAGAGAUUAUAUUAUGUCAAAGUUGAUGUGCAUCUGUGGAGCUACUAAUAUAUUGGCAGAUGACCUGCUUCCAAAUAAAACACUCAGAGAAACAAUUAAUCGGAUAUUGGAAUCAGCAACCAGUAGCACAGAAAAUGCUGGAAGCCUGGUCCAUGUCCAAGAUAUGGAAUCAGCUCAUCCAGCACUGCCAAAAGUUCCAUCUCCUUCCCUUUCUGCUGCUUCAAAAGAUGAAGCUAAUCACCCUACCAUGGAUCAAUCUUCCCACAUGAAGGAUGGGGAAGUUGCUAGUGAAAUUAAAACAGCAAAUAACGAAUUAAUUUCUUUAGACAAGAAGGCUGCUAUAACUCCAAAUGUAUCUGAGGCAACGCCAGAAUCUCUUGGCAAGGGGCAAAGGUCACCAGAAAGUGCUCCAAUAGUGACUGAGGAUCUCCAUGAAAUGCAGCCUGUUGGAGGACAAGCAAAGAAGAAAAAUAAGAAAGCUCAAGUUCCUGCCACAGUUGCUGAUAUGCAAUGGAGAGGCUACCAAGACCUUGGGGCUGAAAGUUUUGGCAUGCCUUUAGUAGCUUCAGGCUAUAACCCUUACUGGGGCGGUGGGAUGUCAUUAGUAGUUGAUGCCUCCUAUGUGACACCUUUUGGUGCAAUGCCAUUUAUGGGUUAUCCACCUGGCCCCUUUGAUGUUCCGUUCGGUGCAGGAAUGUUUCCACAAGAUCCCUUUUCAGCGCAAUCUUAUAUGAUGCCAGCGGCUCCAAGGGAUCUAUCUGAGUUAGGCAUGGGCAUGGGUCAGAGGCCUCCAGGCAUGAACAGAAAAGAGAUUGAAUCCCGGAAGGCUGAUAUAAGGCACAAGCGAGGGAUGGACCGACUCAAUGAAAGGGAGAGGGAGCAUUCCAGAGGCAGGGAGCCAAGAAGGGAGUCUAGCUGCAUUAAUGAUGCUUCUUCAAUGAAACCAAAGCAUAGGUCAACGCCCGUCCCUGAUCGGGCUGACCGUGAUCGGUCUGAGAAGUCAUCAAGCAUGGAUCGGCAUGGAUUGGUCCGCGAACGCGAACCCACCCGGCACUCGCCUCCUCGUCGUCCUCGCCCUUGCAAGAGGAAAGUCGCCGACCACGAGCAGCCUUCCAAAGCAGUGACCGCUGCUGCGGCCGCCGAGGCGGACUGGAAACAGAAGGCGGCUAGCGUCUUCUCCCGCAUCAGCUUCCCUGAGCCCGGCGAGGGCAAGAAGAGGAAGGCUUCCACCUCGUCCGAUGCCGCGCCGAGGAAUGGGCUGAAGGAGGUUCCGGCGAUUCACAAGUCAGGCUCCGAUGGGCACCGCGACGAGGCCAAGCGCGCCAGGAGAACCUCAUCGGUGAGCGCGAGGAGGGGGAGCAACGGGCACGACCACGUGUCUACCGAGGAGGACUACCACUUUAAGCGGAGGCCCUUGUCGUCGUCGUCCUCCUCAGCGAGGAGGGAGGCGACGGCGGACGUUGAGCAGCGGACAACCAGGCCAUCGAGCCGCUCCCGUGAGCGCGAGUCUCGCGAGCGGAGCGGGAGGGAUCACGGCCACUACCGUGCUGCCAGCAAACGGAGAAGAGAGAGAUAGAUCAGCGAGAAAUAGUUUUAUGACUUGAUUAUCGAUGGAUUAAGUCCACAAUUUCACAAAUGAAAAUUCAAUUUUUGAUAUAAGAUAAUUGCAUCUAUUUGUUUACA